ACGCACAGGAUCUAUUUUCUAUUUGGGAUUCAAUGAUAGUUAACUUGAUUAAACUACGAAGAAAUUAUGUGACUAUCGAUAGCGACAAAAUAUUAAUAGACCUUUUGGAGUCGCAAAAUCUUAGCAAAGAUUAUAAACAUUAUGUCAUGCUAUCCUUGAUGUGUUCGCUGCUUCCAUAUAAAUCCAGGCAUGUAUUUGGUAGUAAGCAGUGGAAACCAAAAAUAGCAGACUGUAAGGAGGGAAUUGUUUUAAAAGUAGAGCUGGCAGGAGAUGUGGAGACAGCAGUUGCCACGAAAAUUGAGAAGUUGCAAUCUGUGGAGGUUCCGGUACAACCUUUUAUAAUUGUGGUGGGAUCUGGUGCCAGCAUCCAGCAAAUCUAUGUUUAUAUUUUUGGUGAGCUAUAUUCAGCAGCAACAGUAUUGAAAGGCAUAGACAUUGUUUUUAAAACAUAUCAUGUAUUUCACCUAAAAUAUCAGUUUCAGUCGGAGCAUAUCUGGGCAUUUAUUCAAAGUGCUAUACAAAAUGGGAUAACAAAAUUCCAAAUAUUGUCGACAUUGUGAAUAAGGUUAACCGUCUUAGUAGCACCUAAUCUGUUCAUUAUUAUAAGUACCUAUAUAUUCAAGUCAAAGUUAACUAAUUUUAGGUAUAUAUUACUUUUGUUUUUUCUGCCCAGGUGGUUUGUUUGUAGUAAGGUUUCGACUAUGUAUUUGCGACGUUUUAGAUGUAAAAAUGCUUCUUUGUAAAAUUUGCACUACUCCAUGUACAUUUGACAAUAAGGAUUCGUUUUUUUACCAUACAAAAUCUAUGCAUAAAUACUCAGAUUCAUAUGUUUGUAGUAAUAGGACUUGUUUGCAAAGAUUUCGCACAAUUUAUUCACUAAAGAGACAUAUUUACGCCAAACAUGACCAUUUAACUGAUCAUUGUGUAAGUACAUUUUAUACUUCAUAUACUCAGAUCAUAAAGCAACCUGAGAGCAAUGCAAAUUGUCCAAGUAACAUGACAGAUAUUCAUCCAACCAGCCAAAAUUCUGACUUGAAUUUGAAUGAUAGUUUUGAUUCUCUUCUCUCAUUUUUGAUAAAGCUUUAUAAAAACAGUACUAUAACAAGAAAAUGUAUACAAGAGGUGGUCGAAAACACUAGUGACUUUUUUAAUGACUUAUACCUAUUCUCAAAUCCUUGCAUCCUUAAAUUCUCUUUCCGAUCAAAUACCUCAAAAACUUUUGACUGAACUUAGACUAAUACUGAAAAAUCCAUUUGAUGAUAUUUUAACAGAACAUAAAAGGUUUAAAUAUUUUGAAAACAGCGCUAAGUUUAUUAAAGCAUAUGAAGUGGAGAUAGGGAGAAUA